AUGUCCAACUUCGAGUCCCUGGUUGAUCUGAUUGUUCGGCAAGAUGAAUCCGAAGCCGCCCCGGCUUGUGAGACAGGCAACGAGUACGAUGGUCGCAUCGGCUUACGGGUAGCCGCGCUUUUCAUCAUAUGGGUCACUUCGUCGAUAGGCGCGGCAUUCCCCAUCUUUGCAAACAGGCACAAAGGGCUGAAAGUGCCCAGCUGGGUGUUUUUCAUCUGCAAGUACUUUGGGUCUGGAGUCAUUAUCGCAACCGCCUUCAUCCACCUGUUAGCUCCUGCCAACGAGGCAUUGACCGAUCCAUGUCUGACUGGACCCAUAACGGAAUAUUCAUGGGUCGAAGGUAUCGUGCUGAUGACUGUAUUCGUACUCUUCUUUGUUGAGUUGAUGGUCAUGAGAUACGGCAAUUUUGGUGGACAUGCUCAUGACCACGGCGACGAUGGACAUAGCCAUAACGAAACCCACACACCUCCCUUCGACCUUGACAGGUCCACCACCAACACAGAAAUGACGAGCGCUGCCGAUUCGUCGCCGUACAAAGAUAAUCCCACGUCCGUGAGCAUGCCACUAUCUACUCGUGUAUCUCGGGCUCAAAGUACGCAUGUGCCUGGAGAAGAUCACUUGGGACAUGUCCGUGAACACAGCGAAAUUGAGGAAGCGGCCAACCCGUUCAGCCUCGAGGAUUACAAAGCACAAAUGACGGCAAUUUUCAUCCUCGAAUUCGGCAUCGUCUUUCACAGCGUCUUCAUCGGACUAACGCUUGCUGUGGCCGGCAGCGAGUUCAACACCUUGUUUAUCGUCAUCAUUUUCCACCAGACCUUUGAGGGACUGGGUCUGGGGUCCCGGCUGGCGGUAACGCCGUGGCCGAAGGGUCGACAGUGGACCCCAUACAUCUUGGCCUUGGCUUAUGGCUUGAGCACUCCGCUGGCCAUCGCCAUCGGUCUGGGUGUGAGGAAGAGCUAUCCUCCCAACUCACAAACAACACUCAUCGUGAACGGCAUCUUUGAUUCGGUGUCUGCUGGCAUUCUGAUUUACACUGGCUUGGUGGAGUUGAUGGCCCAUGAGUUUAUGUUUAGCAAUUCGAUGCGAAAAGCGAGCAUUCAAACGGUGAUGGCGGCGUUUGUCACCAUGUGUCUCGGUGCCGGACUGAUGGCCCUACUUGGCAAAUGGGCUUAG